AUGUCCUACAACUUGUUUAGAAUCAAUCUGAUUUUAAUAAACUGUUUAUUAACUUGGUGUUGUAAUUAAGGGUAAUAUUCUGAUAAUGGUUUAUGUGUUGAUUGUUCACCUAAUUGCUUGGCUUGUACUUAAGCUAACAAAUGUGACACGUGUAAGCCAGGUUUUUAUUUACUUUCUGAUGUUCAUGAAUGUGAUGCUUGUCAAAAUGGAUGCUAAACUUGUAGCCUGGUUUAAGUCUAAGGUUAUACUCCAUCCGUGUAAAAAUAAUGCUCAAUUUGCUUUCCAAAGUAUUACCUAUCUGGUAUUAAUUGCUCACCUUGCCCUAGUUAGUGUGCUACUUGUAUGUAGAAUGGUUUAUGUAAUACAUGUGAGAUUGGCAAUUUCCUAGAUUAAGGAGCUUGUUAACCUUGUGAUCCUUCAUGCAAAAUGUGUAUGUCAAGCACCUUGUGCUUUUCAUGUUAAGAUGGCAGAUAUCUUUCAAAUAAUUUAUGUCUUCCUUGUUAGUAUCCAUGUCUUCACUGCAUGAAUAACUCAAACAAUUGUCUUAGUUGUGUUGACAGCGAUAGAAAACCAAAUAGUAGUUAAUAAUGUGUUUGCAAAGACGAAUAUUAUACUGAUGGAUCAUAUUAAUGUCAGGCUUGUACUGCACCUUGUUCAAAGUGUUAAUUAAUAGCUACUAAUUGUACAGACUGCAUUUUUCCUUUUAUAUUAAGUAGAACACAAUAUCAAUGUGAAUGCUCCCCUGGCUAUGUUUAAGCUACUCCUCAAUCGUGUUUGAUAUGUAUAAAACCAUGUAAAACUUGUGAAUAGUAUCAGUAUCACUGUUUAUCCUGUGUUGAUGUUAAUUAAGUAGUUAAUAGUUUGUUUGAAUGUGAAUGUAAAGCAGGUUGGAUUAUGGAUAGUGAUGGCAUCACAUGUAUCAAAUGUUAAUUGCCAUGUAUAAAUUGUGUAGAUACGAAAAGCAAAUGUGUAACCUGUUAAGAUUCAUCUCAUCAAUAGCCUGAUACUUGUUAAUGUGGGUUAGGAUGGGGAUAUGACUCUAAUUACUUCUGCAUACUUUGUUAAUAACCAUGUUAAACUUGUUAGAUAUCUACUUCCUAAUGCCUAACAUGUGUGGAUGUUAAUUAAGAAGUUAAUUCUGCCUCAUAAUGUGUUUGUAAACCAGGAUAUCUUUAAUCAGGCCUUUUAUGUCUUAAAUGUCAAAGUCCAUGUUCUACAUGUACUGAUACUAUUUCUAAUUGUUUAACUUGUGAAGAUCCAACUUAGAUUAUUGAAAAUUAAUGUUCAUGUAAAGAGGGUUUUGUAUAGAGGGGAGAUUUUUGUUGUGAUAAAUAUUGUAUAGAUUGUUAAGGAAUUGGUAAUUGCAAUAGUUGUAUGAAGGGAUUCUAUCUAUCCACAAUUAAUAGAUGUAUAGAGUGCAUUAUUAAUUGUGGUGUUUGCUUCAACCAAGUAACUUGCGAUAUUUGUUAAGAUGGAUAUUUUGUAAAUUAAUUGACUUUAUGUGAAGCAUGUAUUCCUUAUUGUAUAACAUGUACCAAUUAAUUCAAUUGCGAUGUAUGCUUAGAUGGCUAUUUUCUACUGGAUUAGAAUUGUGAGCCAUGCAAUAACAAUUGUUUAACUUGUGAAGGAUUACCUGAAAAAUGUCUUACUUGCAGGUUAAAUUAAGAAAUUAAUUCUAAUAAUCAAUGCGUCUGUAAGAUUGGAUACUAUGAAUAAUAGAAUUAAUGUCAUAGAUGUGAAUACCCAUGUAAAGCAUGUCUAAAUUAAACAAUAUGUUAAGAAUGCUUUCCGUUAUCUAGGUUAUACUUAGAUUUAAAUUCUAAAUGUUCUUGCAACCCAGGGUACUUUUGGAAUUAAAACAGUUGUUCAUAAUGUUAUUAAUUUUGCUUAACUUGCAUUGACAAUUACUUUAAUUGUCUAAGUUGUGAUGAUGAACUACAUAGAGUUUUAAAGAAUAACAAAUGUUAGUGUGCUUAAAAUUACUUUGAAAGUGAAGAUGCACUUUGCAUUUCAUGUUUGGGUGAAUUAGGGAAAACUUAAGAAAGUUGCAAAUAUUAGGAUUGCAAAGAUUAAAUUUGGACUUAUGGAGAAGGAUGUGAUGAUGGAAAUGAUGUAGUUAGAGAUGGUUGCUCAAAUUGCCAAAUUGAUCAUAAUUAUUCUUGUAAAAAUGAAAUACUAAAAACAUCAAUUUGUUUUCAGUGUUCAAUUAAUUGCAUUGAAUGUGAACUAAAUACUUUAUCAUAAAAAACUUAAUGUAUUAGAUGCGAAAUUGGCUAUUUUUUAGAUAAAAAUGAUUGUGUUAAAUGUUCAGCUAAUUGUUUGGAAUGUAUUGAUUAAGCCUAAAAUUGUGUAAGUUGUAAGAUUCUACAAUAAAAGAAUCAUAAAUGUUAACUUUGUGAAUCAGGAUAUUAUGCAGAAUAUAUCAAUGGAACUUGUUUAAAUAAAUGUGGAGAUUAUAUUAAAGUAAAUGAAGAGGAGUGUGAUGAUGGGAAUAAUCUUAAGGGUGAUGGGUGUGAUGAUUAAUGUAAACUAGAAAACAACUAUAUCAUUGUAAAUGGUGUAAUUAUCGUCCCGGAUUAUCCCAAACCAUUAUUGUAGAGUGUAGGCACUUCCUAAGUUUACUCUCCCAAUCGAUUGUUUAAAUUAUCAUAUAGUGUUCCCAUCUUUAUUAGAGAUGGUUUUUAAAUUAAAGAUUAUCUAACUUUUAAUUUCUCUAACGAUCUUGGUGUUUAAUAAAUGGAUCAGUCUUUCGAACUAACCCAAGAUAUUGCAUAGAUUAAUUCGUUAAAUUAAUCGUUAUUAAAUUUGAUGAUAAAAAUUAAUUACUCAAGAGAUUCCUAAGACGAAAUCUUGUUGAUCAAAUUCCUAAAUAAUUCUAUGAUUUAUUCAACUCAAGGGUACUCCCAAAUAGAAACAGAAGUCUCUUGCCUUAUACCAAAAGUGAUCUAUAUAGAUGAUACCACCAUUACUCGAGUUCAAUUAGCCACCAAGAGUAAUUCCUAUAUUCUCUACUUUAUUUUGGCAAUGUGCGGAGGAUCAAUUGUAUUUGGAGGAAUUGAAGCCUUUUUUAAUUUGUUGGAUACUCUCUAAAUGCUAUCUUAUUUGAAAUACAUUAAUACACAACUCCCAUAUAAUUUAUAAAUCUACUUUGCACUUUUUGAAUUUGCUUAAUUUAACUUUAUUUAAAAGAUUUUUGACUUCUCAGGAAUUAUUGAAUUAAUACUCAAAACGCAAAAUUUCAAUAAGUUACCUUCAAAAAUUGCAAGUGAUUAUAUAACAUCAUUAUUUAUGAUUAAUUCUGCAACAAUAUCUGCAGUAUGGAUUUCCCUUUUCAGUAUUUAUGCAAUUGCAAAAGUUGUACCUAAAAUCUUAUCUUAUAUUAAAUUAAAUGUUAAUCCUGAAUCGUAAACCUAGGAUAAAAGGAUUCUCAAACUUGGAGUAUACUUGUUAACAAUUAAGCUUGUCAUUAAUAGGCUAUGUUUUGUUAUUGUUUAAGAAUUCUUCUAUAGUGGAAUCCUACGUGCCUAUAUGGCUACUGCAUACGAGUUUGCUUUCUGUGCAGUACUGCAAUUGUAUACCUUAGAAUUCAAUUCGACAAAUGAUUUUAUUAGAUUCAACUCUUUCUUAGCUUGUUUGGCAAGUGCUGCACAUAUUUAUAGCAUUUAUUUUGUAAUAAAAGUAGCCUAGAUGAAGAAAUGCUCAGUGAAUAGUAAAGCUAUCUAAAUAAAAUAUGGAUCAAUUUUUGAAGGAGUCAAAAUAAACCAAUUUUCAAAAUACUUUAAUGCAAUACUUCUGAUCAAAAAACUUAUCUUCAUCCUAUUAUUAAUAUUCGCAUAUGACUUUCCAGCUUUUCAAUCAAUCAGCAUCACAAUUCUGUCAAUUUCUUUUUGCUUAUUUUACAUCAGAUUUUAACCAUUACAGGAUAAAUUAGAAUAAUUUAAAUAGUUAUUUUGCGAGAUUAGCGUCUCUUGCACACUUUUCAAUAUCACAAUUCUGAGUUGUGAUUUUGAGUUAGUUUGGUUUACUUACGAGAUUCGAUAAUACCUGGGGUGGGGUUGCAUUUUUUGUAUGACCUCAAUAUUAAGUGUUCAAUUAGCUAUUGAUGGGUUUUAAUAAUGGAAGUUUCUUUUUCAAAAGUAUAAGACAAUAAGGAAAAUAGCUUAAUUCAUAUUGUAAGUACUUAAAAAGAAAGGAUAAGUUCGAACUUCAUCUACCAUUUUCUAAUGA